AUGCAGUUGCUCUUGGUGACGUUUCUCUUCGUUUGUGCCUCUGCUGAGCUGCGUGUCUCGAAGCGGAGCACGUUCACUGGACAGGAGAGUAGCCACCCUGUGCCCCAUCCGGCAGAUGGAUCUAGUGCCAGACAUCUGCAGGACUGUGAGGUGAUUGGCUGGGUCGAACUUUGCGAACGGAAGAAGUUGACGGCCGGGGCGUGCUUUCAACUCGAGCCCACAACGGCAGCUCCACCCUGCGAGCUGCAAGGGCCCCAUGGGGCACCGGCGCAGCUGCGGCCAGCGACUGCCGGGAUUUUGACCUUGACCUCCGGGGAGCUACGCAUCACCGGGCAAAUUCAGAUGACGUCGCUCCGCCUGGCAGCCAAGACUGUGAACUUUGCAGAUGCUCACGUGGAAGCGUGGCAUGAAGGUCCAUCGGAUCCAAAUGCUACCGCGCUUGGCGGCGCCUUUUUCAGCAUGGGGUCAUUCACUUUGACCAGGUCCCGACUGACUGUGAGAGGCUCUGCAGCGGCAGCUGGUGGUGGUGGCUUCGCAGCGGGCGGAGACCUGAGUGUGUUCCAAGACUCUGAAGUCGUGAUCGAGAACGUUUCAGCAAAGUCUGGUGCUGGCUUCGUUGUCAUGGGAGACAACUCAAUGAUCUUCAUUCAGAAUGCGAGAUCCACCGGAUACGGAGGUGGCUUCUUAACCAGAAAACGUUUGCGAGUGGCACACAGCUCAGCUGUCAGCCUUCAGAACGUGAUUGCGCAGAAGCAUGGAGGAGGUUUCUUGGUCAUGGGAGAGGUUGAGAUAGCUGGGAAUUCGACAGUCAAGAUUUCCAACAGCCGUGCUGAAUCAGGAGAUGGAGGAGGUUUUAACACUGAAAAGGGCUUGAAGGUGUCCAACGGCUCAAGACUCAUCAUUCGGAAUGCGGCUGCUGGGAAAUAUGGAGGAGGAUUCUAUGCCAGAGGCAAGACUACCAUCAGCAGGUCCACCAUCAGCAUUCAAAAUGCCACGGCCAAGCAGAAUGGUGGAGGAUUUUGUGCAUCUGAUGAGGUUGUCAUCGAUGAGAUGUCAAGCGUCAGCAUUUCCACUUCAAGAUCGAGAUUUGGCGGAGGCCUCCAUACGGACGAGCGCUUGCAGGUGACCAGCGGCUCAGCUGUCAGCCUUCAGAACGUGAUUGCGCAGGAGUAUGGAGGAGGUUUCAAUGCCCUUGGAGAUGUUGAGAUUGCUGGAAAUUCGACAGUCAAGAUUUCCAACAGUCGAGCUGAAGCAAAAAAUGGAGGAGGUUUUGACACUGAAAAGGCCUUGAAGGUGUCCACGGGCUCAAGGCUUAUCAUUCGGAAUGCGACAGCCGGAAAUGAUGGAGGAGGAUUCUAUGCCAGAGGCAAGACUACCAUCAGAAGGUCCACCGUCAGCAUUCAAAAUGCCACGGCCCAGGAGUUUGGUGGAGGAUUUCAUGCAUUUGAUGAGGUUGUCAUCGAUGAGAUGUCAAGUGUCAGCAUUUCCACUUCAAGAUCGAGAUUUGGCGGAGGCUUCCAUUUGGAGAGACGCUUGCAGGUGACCAGCGGCUCAGCUGUCAGCCUUCAGAACGUGAUUGCGCAGGAGUAUGGAGGAGGUUUCAAUGCCAUUGGAGAGGUUGAGAUAGCUGGGAAUUCGACAGUCAAGAUUUCCAACAGCCGUGCUGAAUCAGGAGAUGGAGGAGGUUUUGCCACUGAAAAGGGCUUGAAGGUGUCCAACGGCUCAAGACUCAUCAUUCGGAAUGCGGCUGCUGGGAAAUAUGGCGGAGGAUUCUACGCCACAGGCAAGACUACCAUCAGCAGGUCCACCGUCAGCAUUCAAAAUGCCACGGGCCAGGAGAAUGGUGGAGGGUUUUAUGCAUUUGAUGAGGUUGUCAUCGAUGAGAUGUCAAGCGUCAGCAUUUCCAGCUCAAGAUCGGGAGACCAGGGCGGAGGCUUCCAUGCGGACAAGCGCUUGCAGGUGACCAACAGCUCAGCUGUCAGCCUUCAGAACGUGAUUGCGCACAGGUUUGGAGGAGGUUUCGAUGCCCUUGGAGAGGUUGAGAUUGCUGGAAAUUCGACAGUCAAGAUUUCCAACAGUCGAGCUGAAGCAAAAAAUGGAGGAGGUUUUAACACUGAAAAGGGCUUGAAGGUGUCCACGGGCUCAAGGCUUAUCAUUCGGAAUGCGACAGCCGGAAAUCAUGGAGGAGGAUUCUACGCCAAAGGCAAGACUACCAUCAGCAGGUCCACCGUCAGCAUUCAAAAUGCCACGGGCCAGGAGAAUGGUGGAGGGUUUUGUGCAUUUGAUGAGGUUGUCAUCGAUGAGAUAUCAAGCGUCAGCAUUUCCAGCUCAAGAUCGAGAUUUGGCGGAGGCUUCCAUGCGGACAAGCGCUUGCAGGUGACCAACAGCUCAGCUGUCAGCCUUCAGAACGUGAUUGCGCACAGGUUUGGAGGUUUUGCCACUGAAAAGGGCUUGAAGGUGUCCAACGGCUCAAGACUCAUCAUUCGGAAUGCGGCUGCUGGGAAAUAUGGAGGAGGAUUCUACGCCACAGGCAAGACUACCAUCAGCAGGUCCACCGUCAGCAUUCAAAAUGCCACGGCCAAGCGGUACGGUGGAGGGUUCAGUGCUGAAGGAGUCGCAAGUAUCCAGGAUUCUACCGUGGCCAUGUUCAGCACCCAUGCAGGGGCAGAUGGUGGUGCUUUUUCCGUGUUUGGUUUGACUUUGCACAGAAGUCAAUUGUCGGUCAGCCACUCCACUGCAGCCGGAUCAGGCUCCGGAGGUCGUGCAGAUGGUCAAGUGCUUCUUUCAUCUGAAUCCAACUUGGUGGUGAAGGAUGCCCAAGGUCUCGACAAUUCCAGUGUGCUGACUGCAGCUUGCCUCCAUUUGCAUGAUCGAUCACACAUUCUCUUUGAAGAUGCCGUUGGCGGCCAUGGGGUGGAGCUGCAAAAUAGUGGAUGCUCUGACGUUUGCUCAAACACCACCUUCCAUGUUGCAACGGAUGCAGCCCUCAACGCCAGUGGUCGCUUGAGCUCCGGUUUUCUCUCCCUUGCAUCCUGCCCGAAUGAGAAGGUACGUCUGUCAGGCAUCCACCUGCACUCCUGGUCCAGCGCGUUGCUCAGCACCCGGCCCAGUUCCGUGAUAAUCGGCCAAGUGACUAUCGACUAUGAACCACCUAUCGACAAUUUGCAGGUCCUGGCUGCCAAGGAUGGCUUUGACAUCGACUCUUUGACGGUUUCCUGUCGGAACUGCCCAUGGGGUGUGACUUUCAACGCUACGAAGGAUAGAAGUCUGAAAGCCGUGAGCUCUGAAUAUCUCGAAUGCUCCAAGACCAUCACAGCGUCCAAAGGCCUGACGCAACGUUGCAAUUGUUCCAACUACCAGAUUGCAACCGAGCACUUUCGUGGUGUAGAUAUGGUGCCCUUGGAAAGCAGUUUCCAGACGUGCAUGUUCUGCAAGCCUCACUUCCAUUUUCAGAAUGACGAUUGCCGGAAGUGUGGAGUCUUCAAUGCUUGGUCUGAUGGAAAGAAGGAUGUUUGUCACGUUCUGCCACGCCAGAACUCAGCAGAGUUGUUCGCACUCUUGACAGGUGCAGCUGUCUUGGUCAUUUUAACCUUCCUUGCUUUUGAGAUUUUGCAUGCUCCUUUGAUGAUCGUGGAUGCGAAAUCGUAUUUGGACGCAAGGCAAGCUGAAAGCAAAACCAUUUUCACGUUUUCCGUGCAGGGGCCGAUUGUUGAUCUUCCCAAAAGCCUGGCACGAUUGGUGAACCGGCGGGUGCAUUUUCGGGCAAGGGGAACAGGAUUGAUAUGGCUAGACUACGACCAGAAGAAGUCCAACACAAUCAAAGUUCGAAGUAUUGCACGCAGAAAGCUUUUGCUGCAAGACACGAGUCCCCCGUUUUCUUGCGCUACGUGCAAGGGUUCUUUGCACGCCGCUGAUUUUGCUUACCUGCUUAUCUUGCUCACUGCAUGCAUAUUUGUUGGUGCAAUGCUGCCUGUCAUCAUCAAGGUAGCAGUCAUAUCCGGAAACGGUGUGGGACAUGUCUUCGUUACUGCAAUUUAUGUGUCUCUUCCUCUGGUUGCUGUUGCUGCGCUGCUGCACUUCCCAAUCGCGUGGCUGAUCCAACGGUUAUAUCGUAGAACGUCAUUUUCGGAGGCUUUGGAUGAGUACCAGAGGCAGAUCAAGUGCAAGCCAUUUCCAGGGCCUGAUGGAACCCAUCCUCGCAACCAGGGCUUGCAGGUUCUGACUUUGCGCGGCUUGUGGAUGCACUUUGAGAGCUUUAUUCUCGAGCGCAAUAUGCACUUUGUGGUUGCCAACAUAGUCAGGCCCCUGACUCAAAGCAAAGGAGUUUCCUUUGUAAGUCUUUGGGGUGGCAGGCAGGUGGAUUACUUUGUGUCCCAUUCCUGGGGCACCAGCUUUCCGCACUUCGUGCAUUCCAUCCAAUGCCAUGCGUUGUCCAAAGAGGGCCCCACUUCUUGGAUUGAUGCAGCAUAUUGGAUAUGUUCGUUUGCGAACAACCAGUGGAACAUUGAAACUGCACUGGGAAGUGAUCCCAUGGAGAGCGCCUUUGCACUCGCCUUGACAGCGGGAAUCAAAGGAGUCGCAAUGGUCAUGGACCCGGAAGCGCAGCCUCUCACAAGAGUUUGGUGUCUAUUCGAAUUUUUCCUGUCAAGCCGUGAGCACUUGGAGUUGGUUUUCGUCACCAAUGCAGGUGUGGUGGGUGAUGAUGGCUGCAGCUCCUUUGACAUUGCGUUGGAGGUGGGCAAGAAGAUAGAGUCUUUGCAAGUUGAAACGUGCGGGGCAUCUUCAGAGGACGAUAAGGAACACAUCCUCCAGUACAUCAUCUCCGAGUUGGGAAGCCUUGAGCGAAUGGAUGCGCAAAUUCGAGCGCUCAUGGCUGAGAUGUUGAUGCGAAAUUUGGCCAAUGUGGAAAGAGCAACGGGAAGUCUUGUGGACCGUUUGGGCCAGGGCAGCGCAACAGUCGUCGCCUUGAAUGAAGAACGUUUUGAAUCCCAUGUUGCUUCCGGAACGCGUCAGAUCGUUUCAAUUUAA